AUGCCUACCGAAGCAGAGAAUAUCAAUUAUCUAUACUUGGUCCUAACCAACGAUGGCAGCCCUGUCAUUGAUUGGGAUGCCGUCUCCGCCGCGCUCGACCUCAACAAAAGCGCCGUGACAAAGCGAUGGUCGCGUCUUAAGCAGUCCAUGGACAGAAACGAGGUUCCCGGAGGUACAACGUACCAGUUCCUCUGGCUUUGUGUCAAGCACCAUAAGCGAACUCAGCCCCCAAACUGGAGUGAAAUCGCAGCCAAGGCCAAUACUACUUCUGGAGCGGCGUCCAAGCGCUAUUCUCGCAUGAAGAAGGUAUUCGAGGACAACGAAACCGCUCCCGAUGCAGGCACUCCUCGCUCGCCCGUCAAGAACACACCCACCAAGGCCAAGGGUACUCCGAAGUCGGCCGCCAGGAAGCCUCGCAAGGCUACCACUUCUUCCGGCGACGAUCAGGACGACGUUCAAACUAGCCCGGUCAGUAAGCGCAAGCGUGCCUCGCCGAAGAAGAAGCUCGCCGCUACCGAUGAGGAAGCCGAGGUCAAGCCUGAGCCAGACAACGAGGGCGAAGGUGAGGACGAUGAGCUCCUAGAUACCAAGCCCAAGCGCGCGAAGAUCGGCAAGAAAAAGAUGAAGGUCAUCCCCAAGCCUAGGCCCAAGGAUAUCGUCAAGAAGGAAGAGACCAACGACGACGGCGAGGACUCUUUCGUCGACGCCCAGGAAUCGCUUGACCACCAGGAAGAUGCUCAGGAUGUCCACCACGACAGCUACGCCGUUCAAGAUCCGGAGCCAGCUGACUCUCUUGUUUGCAGCGAUGACUUCAUCUGA